AAUGUAAUAAUGAUGGGUUUUCUUACAAUUUUUCUUUUCCUGUUUAUUGGAACUUCAGAGACACAGGCUGAUGUUUCCAAUGCUAUUUCUGGGAUGAGGUAUGAUAUAACUGUCUCUUCAGUUUCUGUGACAUAUAGCUCACCUGUUAGUAGAACAGUGAUGAUGAAUGUAACGAGACCAGGGCCUCCAGUCUUCUUAGCAGGAGAGAGAGUUGGAUCAGCUGGGAUUCUUCUUUCUUGGAACACACCACCUAAUCCGAAUGGAAGGAUCCUGUCUUACAUCGUUAAGUAUAAAGAAGUUUGCCCAUGGAUGCAAACGUUGUAUACCCAAGUUAAAGCAAAACCAGACAGUCAAGAAGUUCUCCUUACUAACCUUAAUCCUGGAACAACAUAUGAAAUUAAGGUUGCUGCUGAAAACAGUGCUGGCAUUGGAAUGUUUAGUGACCCAUUUCUUUUCCAAACUGCGGAAAGUGCUCCGGGAAAAGUGGUCAAUCUCACAGUAGAAGCCUUCAACUAUUCAGCAGUAAACCUCAUUUGGUAUUUACCUAGGCAACCCAAUGGCAAAAUCACCAGCUUCAAGAUUAGUGUCAAACAUGCUAGAAGUGGGAUAGUAGUGAAGGAUGUCUCCAUCAGAGUAGAGGACAUUUUGACUGGGAAAUUGCCAGAAUGUACUGAGAACAGUGAAUCUUUCCUCUGGAGUACCACCAGCCCUUCUCCAACCCCGGGGAGAGUCACACCUCCUCUGCGUACCACAGCCUCAUCCAGCUCGCUGGUUCGAAGCAAGAUCAGCUCUGUGUGGAAAGAGCCCAUCAGCUUCGUAGUGACGCAUCUGAGACCUUAUACAACGUAUCUGUUUGAAGUUUCUGCUGUUACUACAGAAGCAGGUUACAUCGAUAGUACCAUUGUCAGGACUCCAGAAUCAGUGCCUGAAGGACCACCACAAAACUGUAUAACAGGCAAUGUCACAGCACGGUCCUUUUCAAUUUCCUGGGAUCCACCAACGAUUGUAACAGGGAAGUUUAGUUAUAGAAUUGAACUGUAUGGGCCAUCAGGCAGGAUUUUGGAUAAUAGCACCAAAGACCUUAAAUUUGCAUUUACUCACCUGACACCAUUUACAGUGUAUGAUGUCUACAUUGCUGCUGAAACCAGUGCAGGGAUUGGAGCCAAGUCUAAUCUUUCAAUAUUCACUCCUCCAGAUGUUCCAGGUACAGUGUUUGACUUACAAUUAGCAGAGGUAGAAGCCACGGAAAUAAAAGUAACUUGGAGGAAGCCACGGCAACCAAAUGGAAUCAUCAGCCAAUACCGAGUAAAAGUGCUGCUCUCAGAGACAGGAGAGGUCCUGGAAAAUACUUUGCUCACAGGACAGGAUGAGCUGAUAAAAAACUCCAUGUCUCUAGAAAUGAUGAACCUAGUAGAGCCAAUGAUAGGAUUUUAUGAAGGUUCAGCAGAGGUGUCUUCUGACUUGCAUUCCCUGGCUUCAUUCAUAUAUAACAGUCAACCAUACAGUGACUUUCCUGGGAACAUUAGAGCUGAAGAGCAGAAUUCACGCAUUGUAACCACAAGGAAUCAGUACAUUACUGACAUUGCUGCUGAACAGCUGUCUUAUGUUAUCAGAGGACUUGUACCUUUCACUGAGCACAUGAUUAGUGUAUCUGCUUUCACCAUCAUGGGAGAAGGACCACCAACGGUUCUUAAUGUCAGGACCCAUGAACAAGUGCCAAGCUCCAUCCAUAUUAUAAACUAUAAAAAUAUUAGUUCUUCAUCUAUUUUGUUAUAUUGGGACCCUCCAGAAUAUCCCAAUGGAAAAAUAACCCAUUACACAAUCUAUGCAAUGGAACUGGAUACACACAGAACAUUCCAGAUGACUACUUUAGAGAACAGCUUUCUCAUCACAGGGUUAAAGAAAUAUACAAGUUAUAAAAUGAGAGUAGCUGCCUCCACCCAUGUUGGAGAAAGUUCUUUGUCAGAAGAAAAUGACAUCUUUGUGAGAACUCCAGAAGAUGAGCCAGAAUCAUCACCUCAAAACAUUGAAGUAUUCAAUGUUUCUGCAAGUGAAAUAAGAUUGAAGUGGUCACCACCUGAAAAACCAAAUGGGAUUAUUGUUGCUUAUGAAGUGCUUUACAAAAAUAUAGACACUGUAUUUAUAAAGAAUACUUCAACAACACACAUACUCUUGAGGGAUCUACAACCAUACACUAUCUACAAUAUUUCUGUCAGGUCAUAUACCAAAUUUGGUCAUGGAAAUGUUUCCUCUCCAUUACUCUCAGUAAGGACUUCAGAGACUGUACCCGAUAGUGCACCCGAAAACAUUACUUACAAAAAUAUUUCUUCUGGAGAGAUUGAGAUAUCGUUCCUUCCCCCAAGGAGUCCCAAUGGAAUCAUACAAAAAUAUACAAUUUAUCUCAAGAGAAGUAAUGGAAAUGAGGAAAGAACUAUAAAUACAACGUCUUUGACCCAGAAUAUUACAGGUCUGAAGAAAUAUACUCAUUAUGUGGUUGAGGUGUCUGCUAGUACAUUCAAGGGUGAAGGCAUUCGGAGUACACCUAUAAGCAUACUGACAGAGGAAGAUGCUCCUGAUUCUCCCCCUCAAGACUUCUCUGUAAAACAGUUGUCUGGUGUCACUGUGAAGUUGUCAUGGAAACCACCCCUGGAGCCAAAUGGAAUUAUCCUCUAUUACACAGUUUAUGUCUGGGAUAGAUCAUCAUUAAAAACUAUGAAUGUAACUGAAGCAUCAUUAGAGGUUUCAGAUUUGGACUACAACGUUGCAUAUAAUGCCUAUGUAACUGCUAGCACCAGAUUUGGUGAUGGGAACACAAGAAGCAGUAUCAUUAACUUUCGGACACCAGAAGGAGCACCUAGUGAUCCUCCCAAAGAAGUUCGUUAUGCAAAUCUCAGUUCCUCAUCAAUAAUUCUCUUUUGGACACCUCCUUCAAAACCUAAUGGAAUUAUACAAUACUAUUCUGUUUAUUACAAAAAUACUUCAGGUACUUUUAUGCAGAAUUUUUCAUUCUAUGAAGUAACCAGUGAGUCUGAUAAUAUGACCAUUUCUGCGAUAAUAGAUAGACUGGCAAUAUUCACCUACUAUACAUUUUGGUUAACAGCAAGUACUUCCGUUGGAAAUGGGAAUCAAAGCAGUGACAUAAUUCAUGUGUACACAGAUCAAGACAUACCUGAAGGGCUUGUUCGAAACCUGACUUAUGAGUCCAUUUCUUCAACGGCAAUCAAUGUAAGCUGGGUUCCACCGCUUCAACCAAAUGGUCUAGUCUUCUAUUACGUUUCAUUGAGUUUACAGCAGACUCCACCUCACGAAAUGAGACCUCCUCUAGUUAUAUAUGAGAACAGCAUAUAUUUUGAUAAUCUGGAAAAAUAUACUGAUUAUGUAUUUAAAAUCACUCCAUCAACAGAAAAGGGAUUCUCUGAGAACUAUACUGCCCAGUUACGCAUCAAGACAGAAGAAGAUGCCCCAGAAACUUCACCAAUAAUCAACACUUUUAAAAACCUUUCCUCUACCUCAAUUCUCUUAUCAUGGGAUCCCCCAUUAAAGCCAAAUGGUGCAAUAAUAAGUUACGAUUUAAGUUUACAAGGACCACAUGGAAAUUACUCUUUUAUUACUUCUGAUAAUUAUAUAGUUUUGGAAGAGCUUUCGCCAUUUGCAUUGUACAGUUUUUUUGCUGCUGCAAGGACUAUCAAAGGAUCCGGUCCCUUCAGUGUUCUUUUCUUUUACACAGAUGAGUCAGCGCCAUUAGCACCUCCACAAAAUUUGACCUUAAUCAACUAUACUUCAAAUAGUGUGUGGCUGAAAUGGAGCCCAAGUCCUCUUCCAGGCGGUAUUGUUAAAGUAUAUAGUUUUAAAAUUCAUGAACAUGAAACUGAUACUAUGUUUCAUCAGAAUAUUUCUGGUCUUCAGACUGAAGCUAUACUUGCUGGACUGGAGCCUGUCAGCACCUACUCUGUCAGUGUGUCUGCAUUCACCAAAGUGGGAAAUGGCAAUCAAUUCAGUAACAUAGUGAAAUUCACAACCCAGGAGUCAGUUCCAGAUGUUGUGCAGAAUAUACAGUGUACAGCAACUAACUGGCAGUCAAUUUCAGUGACUUGGGAUCCACCCCAAAAGACAAAUGGAAUCAUUACACAUUAUGCAAUAACUACUGAAAGGAAUUCUACAAAAGUCUCUCCACAAGAUCACAUGUAUACUUUCAUAAAUCUUCUGGCAAAUACCUCAUAUGUCUUUAAAGUAAGAGCUUCCACUUCUGCAGGUGAAGGAAAGGAAAGCAUGUGCAAUGUUACCACACUACCAGAAACAGUUCCCAGUGUUCCCACAAAUAUUGCUUUUUCUAAUGUUCAGUCAACCAGUGCAACACUUACAUGGAUAAGACCUGAUACUAUUCUUGGCUACUUCCAAAACUACAAGAUAAUCACUCAACUUCGUGCUCAAAAAUGCAGAGAAUGGGAAUCCGAGGAAUGUGUUGAGUACCAAAAAAUUCAGUACCUCUAUGAAGCCAACCUCACCGAAGAGACAGUGUAUGGAUUGAAGAAAUUUAGGUGGUACAGAUUCCAAGUGGCUGCCAGCACCAAUGCUGGAUAUGGUGAUGCUUCCAACUGGAUUUCAACACAGACCCUGCCUGGCCCUCCAGAUGGACCUCCUGAAGAUGUGCAUGUGGUUGCAACAUCACCUUUCAGCAUCAACAUCACCUGGAGUGAACCUGCUGUUAUUACUGGACCAACAUUCUACUUGAUUGAUGUCAAAUCGGUAGAUAAUGAUGACUUUAAUGUUUCCUUUAUAAAGUCAAAUGAAGAAAAUAAAACUAUAGAAAUUGAUGACUUAAGAAUAUUCACAAGGUAUUCUGUAGUGAUCACUGCAUUUACUGGAGACAUCAGUGCUGCAUAUGUAGAAGGAAAGUCAAGUGCAGAAGUAAUAGUUACUACUUUAGAGUCAGCUCCCAAGGAUCCACCUAACAACAUGACCUUUCAGAAGAUACCAGAUGAAGUGACAAAAUUUCAGUUAACAUUCCUUCCACCUUCUCAACCUAAUGGAAAUAUCCAGGUCUAUCAAGCAUUGGUUUACAGAGAAGAUGAUCCUACUGCUGUCCAGAUUCAUAACCUCAGCAUUAUCCAGAAAACAGACACAUCAGUCAUUGCAAUGUUAGAAGGGCUAAAAGGUGGAUAUACUUACAACAUCAGCGUUUAUGCAAUCAAUAGUGCUGGGGCAGGGCCAAAAGUGCAGAUGAGAAUAACCAUGGAUAUUAAAGCUCCAGCCCGACCAAAAACCAAGCCAACCCCAAUAUAUGAUGCCACGGGGAAACUGCUUGUGACUUCGACAACAAUUACAAUCAGAAUGCCAAUAUGUUACUAUAAUGAUGAUCAUGGACCAAUCAAAAAUGUGCAAGUGCUUGUGGCAGAAACAGGAGCUCAGCUUGAUGGAAAUGUAACAAAGUGGUAUGAUGCAUAUUUUAACAAAGCAAGGCCAUAUUUUACAAAUGAAGGCUUCCCCAACCCUCCAUGCAUAGAAGGAAAGGCAAAGUUCAGUGGCAGUGAAGAGAUCUAUGUGAUAGGUGCUGAUAAUGCAUGCAUGAUUCCCGGCAAUGAAGAUAAAAUAUGCAAUGGACCUCUAAAACCAAAAAAGCAGUAUUUGUUUAAAUUUAGAGCCACUAAUGUCAUGGGACAGUUUACUGACUCUGAUUACUCUGACCCCAUUAAAACUUCAGGUGAAGGGCUUUCAGAACGAACUGUGGAGAUCAUUCUUUCAGUCACUUUGUGCAUCCUUUCAAUAAUUCUUCUUGGAACAGCUAUUUUUGCAUUUGCAAGAAUUAGACAGAAGCAGAAAGAAGGCGGCACAUACUCUCCUCGAGAUGCAGAAAUCAUUGACACCAAAUUCAAGCUGGACCAGCUGAUCACAGUGGCAGACCUGGAACUGAAGGAUGAGAGAUUAACGCGGUUACUUAGUUAUAGAAAAUCCAUCAGGCCAAUAAGCAAGAAAUCUUUCCUGCAACAUGUUGAAGAGCUUUGCACAAACAACAACCUAAAGUUUCAAGAGGAAUUUUCGGAGUUACCAAAAUUCCUUCAGGAUCUUUCUUCAACAGAUGCAGAUCUCCCUUGGAACAGAGCAAAAAAUCGCUUUGCAAACAUAAAACCAUACAAUAAUAACAGAGUGAAGCUGACUGCUGAUGCCAGCAUUCCUGGAUCGGAUUACAUUAAUGCCAGCUAUGUUUCUGGCUAUUUAUGUCCAAAUGAAUUUAUUGCUACACAAGGCCCAUUGCCAGGAACAGUUGGAGAUUUCUGGAGAAUGGUAUGGGAAACCAGAGCAAAAACAUUAGUGAUGUUAACACAGUGCUUUGAGAAAGGGCGGAUCAGAUGCCAUCAGUACUGGCCAGAGGACAACAAACCUGUCACUGUUUUUGGAGACAUAGUGAUUACAAAGCUUAUGGAAGAAAUUCACUUAGAUUGGACCAUCAGGGAUCUGAAAAUUGAAAGGCAUGGAGACUGCAUGACUGUCCGGCAGUGCAACUUCACGGGUUGGCCUGAGCAUGGGGUUCCAGAAAACAGUACCCCUCUAAUUCACUUUGUGAAGUUGGUCCGAGCAAGCAGAGCACAUGACACUACUCCUAUGAUUGUUCAUUGCAGUGCUGGGGUUGGAAGAACUGGAGUUUUCAUUGCUCUGGACCACUUAACACAACAUAUAAACGACCAUGACUUUGUGGAUAUAUACGGACUAGUCGCUGAGCUGAGGAGUGAAAGAAUGUGCAUGGUGCAGAACCUGGCACAGUAUAUCUUCUUACACCAGUGCAUUCUGGAUCUCUUAUCAAAUAAAGGAAGUCACCAGCCCAUAUGUUUUGUGAACUACUCCACCCUUCAGAAGAUGGACUCGCUGGAUGCCAUGGAAGGUGAUGUUGAGCUUGAAUGGGAAGAGACCACCAUGUAAAAGACCAAAGAUUAGUGCUGGAAGAAAAAAAAUUACAUCACAGGGGCCAAAAUUACCCCCUCAUGCUUCUGAACUGAAAUAUAUUUUCUUAAGAAGAUCUUUUUGGUUUUGUUCCUGUG